AUGUCGAAGCAAACUAUCUUCAUCACCGGCGGUUCUGGCUACAUUGGCUCCGUCAUCAUCGAAUAUGCCAUCGCCCAGGGCUACUCAGUCAACGCCCUUUCCCGCUCCGAGUCCAGUGACACCAAGCUCCGCGGCCUUGGAGCUAACCCUGUCCGUGGCGACAUCAAGUCCAUCGACGUUCUUACGCGUGAGGCUUCCAAAGCCGACAUCAUCAUCAACAUGGCCGACGCCAUAGCCUCCAACUGGAACAUUCCGCAAGACGAGCGCUGGGCUCUCAACUACGCCGCUAACGACGCCCUUGCCGCCGGCGUAAAAGGCACCAACAAGCCCCUCAUCAUCACCAGUGGAGCCUUGGCCGCUCAGCCUCACCCUGAUGAGGAAGAGACGGACGAGAACUCGCCUGGAUGGCCUAAAGACCACCCGUACGGCAAGGGCUUCGAGUCGAACGUGAAGACGUACACGGACCAAGGCAUCCGCAUCUGCUACGUCCGUCUUGCACCGUACGUGUACGGCAGGGAAGGGAGCGGGGUCCGUCUCUACAUGGAAAAGUUCGCCCCUAACGGCGCAGGAUUCUUCAUAAAGCCGGGUACCGCCCUUACUACCACCGUGCAUGUGGAAGACGCUGCUCGCCUGUACCUUCUCAUCGCCGAAAAGGGAAAAGCUGGGGAGUCGUACAAUGCCACUUCCGAGACGGACAUCGAGCAGAAGGCCAUCUCUGAGGCUAUUUGCCAGACGCUAGGUGUGCCUUGCGAGCAGUUCGAGUUGGAGGAGGCGAAGGCCAAGAUGGGGAUGUUUUUGGCGAUGUUCAUGACAGCGAAGUGUCGCGCUUCGAACAAGAAGGCGAGGGAAGAGCUUGGGUGGAGUAUUGAAGCUGAGAAGGGGAUCUUGGAGGAUAUCAAGAGUGGCUCGUAUGCUGAGCUUGCGAAGAAGAUGAAGAAGGAGGCUGCGUAA